AUGGAAUGGGUUGAUGGUGUGGAGCUGAGACAUAUUUUCCACAACGUUACCGUCAACGAAAUAUCCGAUGCUUUGCGUGCACUUGCCUACCUCGAAGCCGUAAGCCUUCAACUGACUGAUGAAGAAAAACAAAAAGUUGCCAGCAAUCCAAUUGCCGACAUCUACGGACCGCUGCUGCCACCUCAGGCGGCAGCAAAGAUGCUCCUGGAUGUAGGCAGUCAAUCAAAGGCUUGGGAAAGUUGCUGUGCAGAGUUAUCGGCAAUGGCUACUGAGUUGGCUGACAUGAAACUACCGUCUACAUUGAAUGACGAGCUCGGAAUGAAGGACGUUAUGAUCCACGGCGAUUUGUGGUCAGCAAAUUUGUUGUGGAAGAAAACCGAGAGCGGAUUUGAGCUGGCCAGAAUUGUUGACUUUCAACUGGCUCACUUUGGAUGCGCAGGCCGAAGACUUAACGCGCCUACUGAUCACGACCCUCAGUGGUCACGACCGACGCGAGAAAUGGGACAGUCUGUUGAAGGAAUUCCACGGGAAGCGUAUCGACGAUUUUUCCCAUUCGCGGGAGUAAUUUUACUACCAGUGAUUGACGCUGUUGCUAAGAUUGGUGCGAGAAAAAUCGUCGCGACGAUGAGAAGGUCACCAUUCAAGAAACACUACAUGAAAAGACGCAGGCACUUUUCGAGGACAUGCUGUACUUUGCGAAAAGAAAUCGUGACGUGCGAGACAUCCAAUAAUCUCGGCAUUUCAUGA